CACCCGCCACCUACCAAUCGAGCCACAAACCCGGUACAGGAACCUGCAAAAUGGCAAAGUAACGCGCGUUUUAUUGUUAAUUUCGCCCAAUUGGCCCGACUUUUAAUUGAAUUAAAUGGGGCGGUUCGGCGCGUUUGGCCCUUUGGAGCGCUCGUGGCCCCCCAAAACAAAUGAAACAUUGACAGUUACAAACAACUGUCACGUUGGUUAGCAUCUUCCCAACCGGACGUAAAAUGGAAAACAGCGAGGAAGUGGCUAAUGUCCCGCCGGAAAAUGGUAAGAAGCCCCCCAAAGCCUCCACGUCCAACGACGAGAAGGCCCCCGACAGCUCCGACAACACGACGCAGCAGAAGCCCAAAGUGGCCAAAGCCAAGAAACGGAAGAAACCGAAAGACAGCACGGCCCCACGGCACCCGCUGACCGGGUAUGUGCGGUACUUGAAUGACAGACGGGAGACCGUGCGGAGCGCCAACCCCACCUUGUCGUUCGCCGAAAUCACGAAAAUGCUGGCAAAUGAAUGGACGAAUUUGCCGGCGGAUAAAAAACAACAGUAUUUGGAUGCUGCAGAGCAAGACAGGGAGCGGUACACGCGGGAAUACAAUGCCUAUAAGCAGACGGAAGCUUAUAAAUUAUUCACGCAGCAACAGAAUGAGAAAAAAAUGAAGGAGAGCAAGGAGGAGAGCAAGAGCUCCGUUCAGCCGGUCAUCAACAAGGAAAUCCCCGAUAUGGAUUUCGGUAAUUUCGACAUCCCCAUCUUCACGGAGGAGUUUCUCGAUCACAACAAAAUGCGAGACUCGGAACUGCGCCAGUUGCGUAAAUCGAACACAGAUUAUGAGCAACAAAACGCAAUUUUGCAAAAACAUAUCGAGAAUAUGAAGGACGCCAUUGCCAAGCUCGAGUCUGAAAUCUCGCAGCAGGAGAAAAAUAACGCGUCUUUGCAAAAACAUUUGGAUCAUUUAAGGGGCACGUUAACCAAUGGUUUUUCCGGUGUGAAGCUCCCAGGGGUCAAAGAAGUCGCAACGCAGCAAAAUAUCGACUCGUACAUGACAAAUCUGCAUUCGAUUUUAUUGGAGAACAGUAGUCAUGACGCGAACCUUUUACAUACUGUUAGGAAUAUUGUCGGGCGGCUUGAGUUCAACGGAUGACAAACAAGUCGCGCUUCCAAGAGAAAACGAAAAGUUAAGAAGAUCACGUAAUUUUUUAUAUAGCAGUUUUAUUUCACUUUCAGAGUGGGUUUUAUGAUUUGAUUAGUUAUGAUGGUCCUGUGAUUCAUACGUUAGGUAUUGUGUAAUUACUACUAAGUAUUUAGUAGUUCAAUUAAUUUAAUGUAUUUAAUAUUCCGUCAAUAAAUUUCGCAAGAUAUUUAUGAAA